AGUCCUUCUGCAGAGUCAUGUGAUCAGGGGCGGCAUCAUGGCGACGGUCUCGGAUAAACACAAGGAAACAGUAUAACGUUUUUGCUCAUUUCUGCAGCAGAUUUUAGAGUUUUGAGGUCAUGUCGUGCAUAUUUGCUUCUCGAUAUCUGCCAUGGCUGACGUUACUGGUGUCGCUUGUGUCUGGUGGGAAGAUGAAGAUUGUAGAGGAACCAAAUACAUUCGGGUUGAACAGCCACCUUCUGGCUCAGGGCAGCCGGCUGCAGGCCAGGGUCAAACCAUCUCCAGUGUCUGGACCUCCUCAUCUGGCCAGACUGGCCGGGAAAUGUUUCAGCUACAUCGAGUCCACGUAUAAGUAUGAGUUCUGUCCAUUCCAUAACGUGACACAGCAUGAGCAGAGCUUCAGGUGGAACGCUUACAGUGGAAUUUUGGGCAUCUGGCAUGAGUGGGAGAUCCACAACAACACGUUCUCUGUGAUGUGGAUGAGAGAGGGAGACUCCUGUGGGAACAAGAACAGACAGACCAAGGUCCUCUUUACUUGUGGGAACAGCAGUAAACUGGCAAGAGUGUCGGAACCACAGACAUGUGUGUACUCGCUCACGUUUGAGACGCCACUAGUCUGUCACAAACAUUCCCUCCUGGUGUACCCUGUGCUGAGUGAAAAACUGCAGAAGGAGUGGGAUGAGAUUGAGCAGGCCCGGUAUGAUGAACUCAUAACUGAACAGGGCUACAAAAAGAUGCUGAAGGACCUGUUUGAAGAAGCUGGCUUUCUGAAGAAAGUUCAGGCACAGACACAAGAAGAAAACACACACACUCCACGACACCAAAGCCUGGAGCAGUGCACACAGGACUUUGACAAACAGCAUGCUGAAAUUGAGCGGCUGCGCUCUCUGCUCACCCAGCACAACAUUUCAUAUGAAGCAGAGCCUGGCCGGCCAGAAACCCCAUUGACCCCACGACCACUGACCUCUCGGCCCUCAGUGCUGCAGGACCAGCAUCUUCGUGGCGACACUGGAAUCGUUGCAGACGUUUAGCAAGAUGCUGAACAGUGACUUCUUACAUCCCAAUCGAAAGAAAAUGACUUUAUUUUGGUUUUAUUUCAGAUUUUAAGUUAUGGUAAUUUUGUUUUAAUUAAAUAAAAGUGCUGGCAUGCUGGUA